AUCAUGUCUUGACGGCAGAGCCUGUCGACGAGACUCGAGGGUCAAGUUGCCGAACAGCGAAUCCCAUUAAUUCCGAUUGUAGGUACAAAUUGUACCGUACUGUACAAUAUGGCAAUUGCUUGGGGGAGGCGCGUGGUGACGGGGAUAGUGGGGAUCCCGACGGCGCUAUGGUUGCUGAGCUCCGACAUGGGCAUGCUGAUGCUCGCCACGACGCUGUGCUGCUUGUCGCUCGUUGAAUUCACCUCCUCCAUCUGCCCGCAGAUCGUGCCGCAUUCAAAAUCAGCGACGGAAAAGCUGGCGCAAAACGUGCUGGUGGUGGCGUCGGGUGCUGUACUGUGCGUGGGUGCGUGGACUGGCGUCAAGAUCGUCCAUGACGCCUUGAGCCUCGGAUUAACGUUAGCGAUCUUCUCUUUCCAUAUUGCUAUCACAAAGAAGAUGGAUCAAACAGCACUGACCAAGUUGCUGCUGGAUCUGUUUGCGCUGGUUUACAUCGUGAACGGCUUCAGUCACGCAAUUUUACUGCGAUACAGCUCGAGCAAGUUUGGACUUGGAUUACAGAUCCUCGGACUUUGCUGCGCCUGGGUAUGCGACAGCGGUGCACUCGUUGCGGGGUCAUUUAUGGGCGACGCUAAACUGGCGCCGGUUGUUAGUCCUGGCAAGACACUUGUCGGCGCGAUUGCUGGCGUCGUUUCCAGCGUUGCCACAGUGCUGGUCAUGUUUGCACUCCCAAACUUUUCUAAUGUGUUGCCCUGGACACACGAUUUGCUGCCUCCGCUCGAUGUCGUGCCUGUCACUCACCAACUAGUGCUCGGCACAGUUAUUGGCGUCUUGUGCAUCGUGGGAGACCUGGUUGAGUCAUACGUGAAGCGUGUUGCCGGUGUAAAAGACUCGGGAGCUUUCUUUCCUGGCCAUGGCGGCUGCCUUGAUCGCAUGGACAGCUUUCUCUUUGUUGCGCCGUGUCUGUACUUCUAUAGUCAGUUUGCGCUGCCAAACUAA